CUUAGUUUCGACGAGGUCAGCCCAUCAGGAGGAGUAUGUCAGCCAGAAGUAGCUGCUUGCAUUGGGGGCUUCGCCCGUCUCUACACGGCCAUAAAACAAGCGAGGGAGGUGGAACCUGACUCCCUGCUCCUGAAUGGAGGAGACACCUUCCAGGGCACCAUCUGGUACAACUUCCUCAGGUGGAAUGUCAGCCAGCACUUCAUGAAUAUGUUGCCCCAUGACGCUCAUGUACUAGGUAAUCACGAGUUCGACCACGGCGUGACCGGUCUAGUGCCUUACCUGGAACGUCUGAACGCGCCCAUGCUUGGUGCCAACGUGAACACGCAGUUGGAACCGACGAUGACACCCUACAUUAAGAACCACAUCAUCGUCGAGAAGAAGAAUCGGAGGAUUGGUAUCAUUGGAGUGUUGCUGCAACAGUUCUCAGCUGAUAUCGGUAACGUAAAGAUGGAAGAUGAGCUGGAGGCCAUAAACCGUGAGGCGGCCAUACUGACAGCGGAGGGAGUCGACAUCAUAAUAGUGCUGUCCCACGUCGGAUACUCCAGUGAUAUGUGGUUAGCAGAGCGCGUAUCCCCAACAGUGGACAUUAUAGUGGGCGGCCACUCCCACACACUGCUGUACACGGGGCCCACGCCCAACGGUGACACCGCGCUGGGAGAGUACCCCACUGUCGUACAACAAGCUAAUGGACAUCGGAUCCCGAUAGUGCAAGCUUCGUGCUACACGCGGUACUUGGGUAACAUCAAAUUCUUCAUCAACGCACAGGGCAUCGUCGAGCGGUGGCAGGGAGAACCCGUCUUCCUCGGCUCUUCUAUCGUGAAAGAUGAAAGAAUUAUGAAGCUAUUGGAGCCAUGGCGUAGUGAAGUAGACGCAGAGGGCAAGGAAGUGUUGGGAGAGACGCGUGUGUCACUGACUCGCUCGCGGUGCUCCAGGGACGAGUGCAACCUCGGGAGCUGGGCCUGCGACGGAUUUCUUGAAGAGAUGAUACCUUUCGCUCGGGGCUCGAAUUGGAACCACGCUCAUGUUUGCCUGAUCAACACUGGAGGACUCAGAAACCAAAUCACCGCUGGAAACGUGACGACAGAAGCGCUGUUGAUGGCGAUGCCGUUUGAGAACCAGAUACAAGUAUACGAGCUGGAGGGCCGGUACUUGCAGGAGGCGCUGGAGUUCUCCGUCGGAGUCAACUGGAGCGACAGCUUCAGUAGUGGACGCAUGCUGCAGAUUGGAGGUAUGCGCAAUAUAAUCCACGCGUCGAACCCGAUAGGUUCACGAGUGACUGCGACAGUGCGUUGUAUAGACUGCGAUGUCCCGCGAUACUUGCCGCUCGACCCCAACGCCACCUACCGGGUGCUGACGCAAAACUACAUCGGCGACGGUGGCGGUGGAUACUCGAUGUUAUCUGAGAACAGAAAGAACAUAGAGACGUUCGAAAUCGACUACAUGAUGCUGCGGGAUUACAUGAGGAGACAGGGCGUCGUUACCAAGGACCUGGACGGGAGGAUACAGAUCGUCUACUAAUAUGUGAUACACCUUACGUAUUUUUAUAAUUAUAUCUUUAUUUUUUUAAUAAAAUAUUCAUUUACCUACA